CUCCUCACCAGUAGCCCACAUCCACUCUGAGGAGCGGGGCGUGGACUGAGACCGACCAUUCUUUGCUCUAAAAGUUUGAGGAGACGACCGACAUUCGGGGGGAAAAGAAACUGACAAGAAAUCGAUCGAUUCGGAGCUGGCUACAUGUUCCUGAAGUCAAAAGAAAUCGCAAUAGCAAACCAUGGAUGACAUCUUCACACAGUGUCGGGAAGGAAACUCGGUGGCUGUUCGUCUGUGGUUGGACAACACAGAGAAUGACCUCAACUUGGGUGACGACCACGGCUUCAGCCCCCUCCACUGGGCAUGCAGGGAAGGGAGAAGCGGAGUGGUUGACAUGCUCAUCAUGAGAGGGGCUCGUAUUAAUGUAAUGAACCGUGGAGAUGACACCCCGUUACAUCUCGCCGCCAGUCAUGGACACAGAGACAUUGUAGGAAAGCUGAUACAGUGCAAAGCUGACCCCAAUACAGUCAACGAGCACGGAAACACACCACUCCACUACGCCUGCUUCUGGGGCCAAGACGAAGUGGCAGAGGACUUGGUGACCAGUGGGGCCCAGGUGUGUGUAUGUAACAGGUAUGGACAGACACCUCUGGACAAGGCCAAGCCUCACCUAAGACAGCUGCUGCAAGAAAAGGCAGAGAAAAUGGGCCAAAGUAUGACCAAAGUCCCCUAUAAGGAAACUUUCUGGAAGGGCACCAUGCGAACACGACCUCGUAAUGGUACCCUCAACAAGCAGGCUGGAAUUGAUUUUAAGCAGCUUUCGCUCCUGGCAAAGAUCAAUGAGAAUCAGUCUGGAGAGUUAUGGCAGGGUCGGUGGCAAGGGGAUGAGAUUGUAGUGAAGGUGCUACAGGUCAGAGACUGGACCACCAGGAAGAGCAGAGACUUCAACGAGGAGCAUCCCAAACUCAGGAUUUUUUCUCAUCCAAACAUUCUGCCUGUUCUUGGGGCUUGUCAGUCACCUCCAUCCCCUCACCCCAUCAUCAUUACCCACUACAUGCCUUACGGAUCCCUCUUCAACAUACUGCACCAGGGCACGACUCUGGUGGUCGACCAAAGCCAAGCAGUAAAGUUUGCAUUGGACAUUGCCAGUGGUAUGGCUUUCCUCCACACCUUAGAACCAAUGGUUUCAAGGCUUUGCCUCAACAGUAAGCAUAUCAUGAUUGAUGAAGAUAUGACGGCCAGAAUAAGCAUGGCGGAUGCAAAGUUCUCCUUCCAGUGUCCUGGACGUAUGUACUCUCCAGCAUGGAUGGCCCCUGAAGCCCUGCAGAAGAGGCCUGAAGACAUCAACAGGAGAUCUGCUGACAUGUGGAGCUUUGCGGUGUUACUGUGGGAGCUGGUUACCAGAGAGGUUCCCUUUGCUGACCUCUCACACAUGGAGAUCGGCAUGAAGGUGGCUCUCGAAGGUCUUCGGCCAACCAUUCCACCGGGGAUUUCCCCUCACAUCUGUAAGCUAAUGAGGCUCUGCAUGAACGAAGACCCGGCCAAGAGACCCAAGUUUGACAUGAUCGUCCCCAUCCUGGAGAAGAUGCAAGACAAGUGAAGACAAGUUCUCAGCUGUCUAUACACUCCUGUUGCUAUGUUGUUAUCAUCAAACCACUCUUUAUCUUCACUUCAAUCAUGUAUCUGCUAAGCCACUGUAAAUAAUGUCAGAGACCACUUUCACUACACAAUUCAAACAAUAAGUAUUAUAUUGCUUUUCUUGUAUAAUUUAAAUUUGAGGUAUAAAUGUUCUUUAGCCUAUGUGCUGAUUUGUUACUG